AUGCGAAUAACUUCAAGAUUAUCGACUUCCUUGGUCAAACCGCUGAAACCCUUAGGUGUUGUCCACAAUUCGAGAUUCCCAAGAUCAUACUCCACACAUCCUCCGCAAGCAAAACUAAAUAAGGCAGUUGAUUAUGGAUCAACUGCUAUCUUAAGCCAUACUUCAUCUAGUGCGUUGCAGAAUCCAGAGCUUUCACCGGAAAUACGAAAUGGUGCCACGAAACGAAUGAACCUAUUCCAAUCAAUCAAUGAUGCAUUAUCACUCGCAUUAUCCAAAGAUGAAACAACUAUGGUUUUUGGUGAAGACGUAGGAUUUGGAGGGGUAUUUCGUUGCAGCACUGGACUUGCAGAGCAAUAUGGAUCAGAAAGAGUUUUCAAUACGCCAUUGUGCGAACAAGGAAUAAUAGGAUUCGCGAUUGGAGCGGCGGCGGAAGGUAUGAAGGCUGUCGCAGAAAUCCAGUUCGCUGAUUAUGUAUAUCCGGCUUUUGAUCAAUUGGUCAAUGAGGCAGCAAAAUGGAGAUAUAGAGAUGGAGAAUAUGGGAGAGGAUUGGGUGGACUCACUGUUAGAAUGCCCUGUGGUGCAGUGGGACAUGGCGCUUUAUAUCAUUCUCAAUCUCCCGAAUCCCUAUUCACGCAUAUUCCCGGUCUUCGAGUCAUAAUGCCACGAUCGCCAAUCCAAGCGAAAGGUCUUCUUCUUUCCGCCAUACAAAGUCCAGAUCCGUGUAUCUUUAUGGAACCUAAGGCACUGUACCGAGCAGCUGUCGAGCAGGUCCCAGUAGAUGCGUACACACUGCCUCUCUCGGUGGCAGAAGUGGUCAAGCCCGGAAAGGAUCUGACUUUGAUAUCUUACGGUCAUCCUAUGUAUACAUGCUCCGCUGCACUACAAGCUGCAGAAAAGGAUUUCGGUAUAAAUAUCGAAUUGAUCGAUCUGCGAACGGUUUAUCCAUGGGAUAAAGAGACGGUAUUAAAAAGUGUAAGGAAGACAGGAAGAUGUGUAGUAGUGCAUGAAAGUAUGAUAAAUGCCGGCAUUGGUGCGGAAGUUGCUGCAAGCAUACAAGGGGAUAAGGAGACAUUUUUGAGAAUGGAGGCACCUGUGGCUAGAGUCGCCGGUUGGGGCAUCCAUAUGCCAUUGAUGUUUGAGAAGUUUAACGUACCAGAUGUUGCUAGGAUUUAUGACGCUAUAAAGAAAUCUAUACAGUACUAG